AUAGAAUUAGAAAAUACAGUAUAACAGUAUAGUAUACACUCACCAAAUAAAUAUAAUACAAUACAAGUAUGUUUAAGGCUGGAUUGUAAUUUAAAAUAUUCUGAUACAACUUUUUACAUCUUCCAGGACCUAUCUAUAACCCCAGAAAUAAAAAGUAACAGAACACAAGAAAGAGACACCUCUCUCUGAAGAUGAACACAAGUGCCCCGCUUCAGAAUGUUCCCAAUGCCACCUUGCUAUACAUGCCUCCCUUGCAGGGGGGAAAUAGCACUUCUCUCCAGGAAGGUCUUCGAGAUUUUAUCCACACAGCCACCUUGGUGACCUGCACUUUUCUGCUUGCCAUCAUCUUCAGUCUAGGCUCUUACGGAAAUUUUAUUGUCUUCUUGUCUUUCUUUGACCCAUCCUUCAGGAAGUUCAGAACCAACUUUGAUUUCAUGAUCUUGAACCUGUCUUUCUGUGAUCUGUUUAUUUGUGGGGUCACAGCCCCCAUGUUCACCUUCGUGCUGUUCUUCAGCUCAGCCAGUAGCAUCCCAGAUAGUUUCUGCUUCAGCUUCCACCUUACCAGCUCAGGCUUCAUCAUCAUGUCCCUCAAGAUGGUGGCUGUGAUUGCUCUGCACCGGCUCCGGAUGGUGAUGGGGAAGCAGCCUAAUUGUACAGCCUCCUUUUCCUGCAUCUUGCUCCUUACCCUUCUUCUCUGGGCUACCAGCUUUACACUUGCCACCUUGGCUACACUGAGAACCAAUAAGUCCCACCUGUGUCUCCCCAUGUCCAGUCUUAUGGAUGGGGAAGGGAAAGCCAUUCUGUCUCUGUAUGUUGUUGACUUUACCUUCUGUGUUGCUGUCGUGUCUGUCUCUUAUAUUAUGAUUGCUCAAACCCUUCGGAAAAAUGCUCAAGUAAAAAAGUGCCCCCAAGUGAUCACAGUUGAUGCUUCCAGACCACAGCCAUUCAUGGGGGCCUCUCUGAAGGGAAACAGAGAACCCAUCCAGUGCACCAUGCCAGCUCUGUAUAGGAACCAGAAUUAUAACAAACUGCAGCACAGUCAAACUCAUGGAUACACUAAGAAUAUCAACCAGAUGUCAAUCCCCUCAGCCAGUCGACUCCAGCUGGUAUCAGCCGUCAACUUCUCUACUGCCAAGGAUUCCAAAGCUGUGGUCACCUGUGUGGUCAUCGUGUUGUCAGUCCUGGUGUGCUGUCUUCCUCUUGGGAUUUCCCUGGUGCAAAUGGUUCUGUCUGGCAAAUGCAGUUUUAUCCUUUACCAGUUUGAACUGUUUGGAUUUACUCUGAUAUUUUUCAAGUCAGGAUUAAAUCCUUUUAUAUAUUCUCGGAACAGUGCUGGGCUGAGAAGGAAAGUACUCUGGUGCCUGAGAUACACUGGCCUGGGCUUUCUCUGCUGCAAACAGAAAACUCGACUUCGGGCCAUGGGCAAAGGGAAUCUUGAAAUCAAUAGAAACAAAUCUUCUCACCAUGAGACAAACUCUGCCUACAUGCUGUCUCCAAAACCACAGAAAAAAUUCGUGGACCAGGCUUGUGGCCCAAGUCAUUCAAAGGAAAGUGUAGCAAGUCCCAAAGUCUCUGCUGGACAUCAGCCUUGUGGUCAGAGCAGUUCUACACCAAUCAACACUAGGAUUGAACCUUACUAUAGCAUCUAUAACAGCAGCCCUUCCCAGCAAGAGAGCGGUCCGGCAAACUUGCAGCCAGUGAACUCUUUUGGGUUUGCCAGUUCCUACAUCGCCAUGCACUAUUACACCACCAAUGAUUUGAUACAGGAAUAUGAUAGCACGUCAGCAAAACAAAUUCCUAUCCCCUCUGUUUAACAUGGCCAGAGAAUCUGGAGGGAAUGGUUUUCUCUUCUAACUAAGCAAGCCUUUAAAAGAGUUUGCGAAGCAAAGCCUGGAGUCAACUGAAGACUUGACAAUUAGAUUUUCUUUUGUUUAAAAUAUUAGUAUCUGGGUUGGCUUCAUAGUUUCUUGACAUUUUAAGAUUUGAUGUAAAAGUUUAUUUCAACUUCUACUCUAAUCUAUGUCCCAAUACUUUAUAUUAAAUUGCUAAGAAGACGCUAGGAACUAUCCUACUGAUGACCUUUUAAGUCAGUAAUAUGGGACUUUAGAUAUGUAUUGGCCACAUUUUCUUUCUUUCCAUUUAUUUAUUUAUUUAUUUAUUUAUUUAUUUAUUUAUUUAUUUAUUCACUUUA